AAGUAUUUUACGAAGGUUAUUUAAUUUAAUUUUAUUACUACAAUGGAUACAAAAAAACUGAUUUGUGUGAUUAUUAUCCUAAUGUCUAUUACAUCAGAAACGUGCUCUACAGAUCCUAAUCAAAGCGAUCCUUUGAAGUCUUUUGGCUGGCCUUUACAACAUAGUACAUUUGUGGAACAGAGGAAAAUACAAGAUAAGGAAAUAAGGGGCUGGCCAUUUAAAAAUAAUGACGUUCUUAAACCGUACAAUUAUAAUACUCAGCCUGGAUUUCAGAGAGAGGACAGUAGCAAACAUCCAAGUUUUAGUUCUGGGUACAUGUCAGCAAGGUCUGAUUAUAGCACCGAUUAUUUUUCGGCAAAUGAAAAUUAGAGAAAUGGUGAAACAGAAAAUUAAUUAAAGCUAUAAUGUUUUUAAUUCGGUUUUCCAUUUAGAUGGAAAAGUAUCGCGCUUUUUUUUUAUUAGUUACGCUAAAAUAUACUAUUUGUAGAAUUAUAUUUAAAUAA